AUGAAGCGUCUGGUCGGGUUGAACGGGCGGGGAACUAGCCCGAUCGGGAAUGGUUCGGCCAACCACAUCAAUUGCAUUCACGACAGCCGCAGCGCAGCACUCGAGCACGACGUGAUUGAAGACCACCCCCAACUUAUCGACUGCGCCGCCAUCAUCGAGGGCGACACUCCUUCCUCCCCUUCCAAGGGACCUUCAGCACGUGGGCACCGCCGCCGUUCUACCCACGUUACUCGCCGUGACCUUGAGAAGUUUCAGAAGGAGGUUUUAGGCGUCGAAAACCACGCCUCCUUUUACGACGAGGAAAACGGCACCUCACACCCGAUCGACCCCUACGAUCCCCAGCUUGCAGAAUUGAAUCGCGCCUUUGACGUUUCCCUGAUGUCGAUGAACAGCGGUACAGGAAUGGCGGGCAAUUCAGGGUCUGGCAUGUUCUCCGGUUACGUGGACAACUCCCCUGGGACCCCUAACAUGGGUAGCAUCCCUCGGCAGUCCGUUUCACCUGCACCCCUACACCCUGCAGCUCAAGUCAACGGAGGUGGCAUGGCAGUGAUGAAUGGCAACGGUCCCAUGAAUGCGGGUCAUCAGAUGGAUCUCCAUCACCUCUAUGACAUGGUGCUGGAGCUGAGUGACGUCCUAAAGAAUAAUCGUGAGGUAACAAAGAAUAUUGUCUCAAGUGCGGAGGAGAUUAUGAAACAUGGUCCCUCCGAGGGUUCUAGUGCUGCAUUGCAGCAAGUCAACGGUGAAUUGACAGCUGCCCGAAUCGCCGAACUGGAACGAGCCCUCGUCAAGGAAAAACGACUGGUCGAAGAUCUCAAACGCGAGCAAACAGAAAACACAAAACUGAUUGGUGACUACGAAGCCGGCGUGGGCACUAUGGUGGAGCAGAUCCGCAACUAUUGCCAAAGCAACAACAUGCACUUCCUAUACCAGAAGAGCCACUAUAACAACCUCCUGCAGGCUGAACGGGAUGCUCAUCUGGAGAGUCGGCUGGACCGAGAUUACUGGCACGCCCAAACAAUGCGAUGCGCAGAGAUGAUUCGCAAAGCCCACCGGAUGCGAUCGGAAGAGGAUGAGCUUCCCGUCCGAAUCAUCGCGGGGCUCCAAAACGAGGUUCGCGCAUACCGUAACGCACUUGGAAUGGAGCCCGAGAAGCCCGAAGAGGAGUACGGGUGGGAGAUCCUCAAGGACGUCUCUGCAGAAUAA